GCCAUUGCUCGUCCUGCUGCCCGUCAGGCUACCUGGGCAUUCAGACCUACUGCCGUAUCUUCUCUUCGCACUUUUACCGCCUCCUCCCAGGUUGCCUCUUCUCACGGCGACCCCCCACCGCAACUCCUCGGUCCUGGUAUAAAGCCUGGUGAAGUCCCAACUAGCUACGACCAGGCCACCGGUUUGGAGCGUCUCCAGCUUCUCGGCGACAUCGAGGGCUUCAACGUCUUCGACCAGGAGCCCCUUGAUUCGAGCCGUAUUGGAACCAAGGCCAACCCCAUCUUGGUUCCUGCAACCGCCGCUGCUCGUAUCGUUGGGUGCACUGGCUCACCCGCCGACUCUCAUGAUGUGAUCUGGUUCGAGGUGAAAAAGGACAAGUUGGCUCGAUGCGUUGAAUGUGGUUCAGUAUAUGCUCUUCAACUUGAGGAAGGUUACGAAGAAGCACUCGCACAUGCACACGCUCACUAGAUACUAUCUCGAAUUUGUGCUCAUUAAGCAAUCGCACAGUGGAAAACAACAUCCUCUUAAGAUAUCUUAACAUUCUUUCUCUCAACGACUAAGCCCUGAGAUUGGCCAAC